AUGCUUGACAAACUCGUCGGCCUCGCCAUGCUCGUGGCUGCAUCGGUUGUCUUCCUAUACUACUCCAUCUGGACCUUGUUGAUGCCCUUCGUCGACUCGGAUCACCCCCUCCAGAACUUCUUCCCCCCGCGUGUCUGGGCCAUCCGCAUACCCGUCAUCCUUAUCCUCCUCGGAUGCGCCGUUGUCGGAUCUUUCUUGAGCGUGGUCAUGAUCAGGAGCAACAAGAAGAGGGCCGCAAAGGCAAAGGCCGCCGCCGCCAAGAAGAAGGCGUAG